AACCGCCAAACUGCAAGCGGGUAUACACUGCUUGACAAGUGCGCGUCUCGAGGAUUACCCGCAUGGUAUCAUUUAUCCGCCGCAACUUUUGUAUGGAACCUUGCCAAAGUGGUUUUGCGUCCGUCAUUAGAACUUAUUAUGUCGAUGUAAACGUACAAGUGCUUCCUGAACGUGUUAACUAUUGGAUCUUACCGCUGUAAUCGCUAGUCACUUCCCAAGGUCUUGUAAGAAAAUGGACGCUGUCAGCAACGGAUCCCUGCAGCCAGAGUUGAAGCGAAAACGUUCCGACGCUGAAGAGCAAAGCGAAGAAUCGCUCAAGUUGAGGACAAAACAUGACAAUGAAUACUUCAAGUGCUACGCCGGACUGGACAUUCACAGAGAGAUGAUCGGUGAUUUUGCGAGGACGUUUACGUAUAGAAAGGCGAUAUUGAACAACUACAACUGCAUCUACCAGCGGUCCGUCUUGGACCUAGGAGCCGGCACAGGCAUCCUUAGUAUGUUCUGCGCUCAAGCGGGAGCCAGGAAAGUCUAUGCCGUUGAGGCCAGUGGUGUGGCCGAGGUAGCGAGAAAGGUUGUGUCGUCAAACAAAGUUGAAGACCAAGUCGUGGUGGUUCAGAGCAAAGUAGAGGAAGCAACGCUGCCUGAGAAAGUUGAUGUUAUUGUCAGUGAAUGGAUGGGUUACAUGCUCCUCUAUGAGUCCAUGCUUCAGUCGGUGAUAUUUGCGAGAGACAAGUGGCUGAACAAGGAUGGUGUUCUGCUUCCAGAAAAAGCUCGUAUGUUUAUUGCUCCUCUGACUGACCCGGACGAAGGCUUUGAGAGGAUCGAUUUCUGGAAAAUGGUAAAGGACAACUUUCACGUGGACAUGUCUUGUGUCACUGAGUUCGCAAAGGCCGAGAUGUACAAACACAUUACAGUGAAAACUGUAGAUGCAGAGAAUGUGAUCUCAAGAGGCACUUGCUUUCUCGAGCUGGACCUCUACACUGUCAAGUCUGAAGACCUUCAGUGCAUUAAAGAAAACUUCAUGUGUUGUUGCUAUGGCCAUGGCAGGGUUCACGCCUUUGUCAUUUGGUUUUCGGUGGAAUUUCCUCGGGAUGUGAUUCUUUCCACAUCACCUUAUGACUCCGAGACGCAUUGGCAACAGACAGUUCUCUACAUAAACCCUGUUGAUGUCAAGCAGGACUCAGAGAUUCGAGGAACCGUCACAAUCAAUCCAAGUGCUGACCACCAUCGAAUGUUGGACGUGGAGCUGGCCUUCACCGUGGAUGGCAGGCAGGCACGAAAGCAACUGUACCGAAUGAGCGAGUGCGGUCCUUGAAUGCUGCAAUUUUAAACUCUCCUGGCCUUCUUUUUUUUGCCAGCGCUGUUUCAGCAUGUGUAUUUAUUUUACAUGGCAUGUACAGUGGAAGGCGGCAACCCUUCAAUGUCACAGAAAUAAACCCACAUAUGUUUAACUUUCAUUUCACCAAAAA